AUGAAGAUUCCUGAGAUGCAGGUAAUAGACACAGAAGAUGGCGAGGAGGAGAUGAAUGUCUAUGCCAACACAGAAGAAUUAAACAUUUAUGAUGUCUGUAUUAUGUCCGGAACAGACAACUCAGACACCAAGAGAAAACAAACAUCGCAACACACAGUCAUAGUGCUGCGUAUCCUGAUCAAUACAAACAAUCAACAGUUUAACAUCAAGAACAAAAACCUCACUGAAGAGAGAGACCAGCUACAUACCAAAUAUACCAACAUCACAAAAGAGAAAGACCAGCUACUAACCAAAUAUACCAAAAUCACAAAAGAGAAAGACCAGCUACAGACCAAAUAUACCAACAUCAGAGAAGAGAGAGACCAGCUACAGACCAAAUAUAUCAACAUCAGAGAAGAGAGAGACCAGCUACAAACCAAAUAUACCAGCAUCACAGAAGAGAGAGACCAGCUACAAACAAAAUAUACCAACAUCACAGAAGAGAGAGACCAGCUACUAACCAAGUAUACCAACAUCACAGAAGAGAGAGACCAGUUACUUUCAAAGUCCGAAAACUUGACAACAAAAAAUGAUAGAUUAUUAACCAACAACAGCAUCCUUAAUAAAAAAAGAGAGCAGUUAACUCAACAGAUAAAUACAAUGAUGGAGAUUCUAAAUGCAGCUGGAUGGAUUUACUAUCAGUCCAGUUUGUACAUCAAUUCAUCUGAGUGGAAGAGCUGGACUGAGAGCAGAAGAUACUGUAGAGAGAGAGGAGCAGAUCUGAUCAUCAUUAACAACAGAGAGGAACAAGAUUUUAUUACGAAGAAUUAUGGUGAGGAUGUACACUGGAUUGGUUUGUCUGACAAUGAUGAGAAGGAUGGAUUGGUUACUAACAGCCCACUGAACGUUACCAUGUCCUGGGAGUCUAGAGAAACCAGUAGUGAGAAUGUGAUGAUGAUAAGUUACAGAUCAGUUACAGUGUGUUUGGUGCUGCUGUGUGUUCUUCUACUGACUGCAGUCAUAGUGCUGUGUGUCCUCAUCAAAAACCUCACUAAAGAGAGAGACCAGCUACUAACCAAAUAUACCAACAUCACAGAAGAGCGAGACCAGUUAACUCAGUAUAUACAUUUACGGAUGAAAAUUCUAAAAGCAGAUGGAUGGAAGGAAUAUCAAUCUAGUUUGUACUUCAUGUCAUCUGCGGAUAAGACCUGGUAUGACAGCAGAAGAUACUGUAGAGAGAGAGGAGCAGAUCUGAUCAUCAUUAACAACAAAGAGGAACAAGAUUUUAUUAAGAAGAUAUCUGAUAGCACAAAAUUCUGGAUUGGUUUGUCUGACAGUGAUGAGGAAGGCACAUGGAAAUGGGUUGAUGGCAGCACACUGAACACUGACUUCUGGAGGUCUGGAGAACCCAACAGCAAAAACACUGAUGAAGACUGUGUUGAGUCUGCUUCAUCAGAAUGGAAUGAUCAGUUAUGUGAUAGUAAUCGAAACUGGAUUUGUGAGAUAAAAAAAUAA